GGCAGACGCAGGUUUAGAAGCCUUGCUACCUUCCGUACAACGCAUAGUUAAUUUUUCUAAUAAAAAACAAAGGGCAUUUGUGCGGGCGUUUCAGUUUUCAAAAAUAUCAAAAAAUUAAAAUUAGAAAAAUACAAUACCGUUUAAAGACGUCAGUAGAUUGGUGAUAGUGCAACCCAAUUCUCGUAAUAUUUAGAGAAAAAACUGAAAACCUAAAAAUGAAAGGAGCUAUUAUAUUAUUUGGAAUUUGUGCUGUUGGCAUAAGUUUGGCAAGUCCAGUUGAAAAAGUUGAAAAAAUUGGUGUUGUUGAAAAACAAACUGUAAAUUUUACCGAUCGUGCCAAAUAUGAAGAAGAAUUAUUACGCAAACUUAAUAACAAGUGUUCACAAAAUGACGUCAGUAGUUGUGUUAUGCUUAAACUUGUUACAUAUAUGAAUAAAUUAUUGAAAAAAGCAUCAAUUGAAUUGACUGACGAUAUUGAAAUAAAAAAAACAAGUCAACCACCUGAAGAAGCUGUGACAUAUGAUGCUGGAAGAAGUACAGAUGAUGAUUCCGAAUUUAUAGAACUUGUUACAAGUAAAGUGUAUGCGUUUGUCAAAUCAAGAAGCAUUAAAUGGCGAGUACUUCCUGAAGAUGAUGUUGUAGUUUCAGCAUCUGAAGAUGUGACUGGUACAUUCAAUCUAGGACUUUCAAUUGAACGAGCUGACUCAAUUACUCCAGAAGGACGUGGAAAGAAGAAUAACAUGGGACCAUUAUUAGCAGCAGCCGUUUUGAAAAUUGGUCUCAUUGGUGCUCUUGCCUUCAAGGGUCUUGCUUUACUUGUUGGAAAAGCUCUUUUACUUUCCAAGAUUGCUCUUCUUCUUGCCAGUAUCAUUGGGCUGAAGAAACUUUUCUCUCAACAAAAACACGUAACUUACGAAGUCGUUGCCCAUCCACACCACUCAGCCAGUCAUACAUUUAGCUCUGAGCACGCACAUCCUGGUGGUAGUGAUAGCUACUCUAGUGGUUGGGCAAGAAAUUUCUAUGGACAAGCUCCAGCUGGACCAGCUCAAGAACUAGCAUACUCAGCUCAUGUUCCAGUUGCUUGAGUAUUUUAGCUGUCUCUUAAUCAUUCAUCAUCAUUGUUCAUAUGUUUAGACUUUACUCAUUCAAUGAUUAUUUUUAUCAAUUUUUAUUGAAAUCAAUUAAGUUUGCUUCGUGUUGACAAAUUUAACGUUGGCAAAGCAAUCUUGAAACUUAAAAAUAUCAAGACAAAAAAAACAACCCAAUAUUUCCAUUACUAUAAGUUCUCCAGUGCCCUGGUAUACUCAAGCACAAAAACUUUAAACAAAACACCCAACAGAAAAAUAACUAAAAAAGACGUUAUUAAAUUACCAAAUAGACCGUUCAAUAGGGAUAUGACGAGAUUCACUUGUAAUUUCUUUUUUUGAUUAACUAAACGGCAAGACGAACUAGAUAAAAGAUUUUUCUAUUUGAUGGUAUAUUCAUGUUGAUUACGGGAUGCGUAUAUCAAAAGGUGCGUGUCCGUAACUAAUUGCAUGUACUGAAGUUUAAUUACCUACUUUCUCGCGCUAAAAUGAGUAAUCAUUAUAUCCUCUUUGAACUCUGUUAUUCGAACUGAUUCUUUUUUUUUUUCUUAUUUCUAUUAUUAUCGCGUUUUUUUUUCUAUACAUUUUCAUAUUCCAGUGAUUUCUAUUCUAUCGAUACUACUUCUGUUGCCAUAUAUAGAAUGCAGAAACUUUUCGUGGGAUUCUGAUUCUAUUAGAUAUCUAUUAUUUUUCUUUACUUAUACUCGAAUUUUUGCUCCCAUUCUCACAAUACGACGGUAGACCGAUUCGACUGGCAUAGCAGUUUAUAUCCAAUUCAUUCCAG